CCAGAGGCCCAAGCUCCACUACGAAGCUCGUUCAACCCCAUCCUUCCCCUCCACUUGCGCAUCCCUUCACCAGCGAAGCCCGGCCAGGCCAACAUGACGUCCAUGAACUUUGUGACCUUCAAUCAGGAUCACAGCCAUCUCGGCGUCGGCACCACCAAAGGCUACCGCAUUUACACGACCGAUCCCUUCAACAAGCAGUCCGAGUCACGAGAAGGAGAUGUAUCCAGUCUUGAGAUGCUCUUUUCCACCUCUUUGGUGGCCCUCACAUUGUCACCUCGCGUCCUACGAAUACAGAAUACGAAGCGCCACUCCACGAUAUGCGAGAUGACCUUUCGGACAGGCAUCCUGGCUAUGCGGUUGAACAGGAAGCGUCUAGUCGUGGUGUUGGAAUCCAACCUUUACAUUUAUGAUAUCAGCAACAUGCAGAUGCUCAAGGAGGAGAAAACAUCGCCAAAUCCUAAUGCGAUCUGUGCCCUCUCUGCCUCAUCCGAAAACAACUACCUCGUCUUCCCACUGCCCACCAAAGCCCCGCCGGCUACUUUUCAGCCUCCUGCGCACGCUCCACCCAAGUCCGAUCAUAUCACUCCGUCAAGCGGUGAAGUCCUGAUAUAUGAUGCGACCAAGUUGGAGGCUGUGAAUGUUAUCGAGGCGCACAACUCUCCGUUGUCUUGUAUAGCGCUCAACAACGAUGGCAAUCUCAUGGCGACUGCGUCCGAGAAAGGAACCAUCAUUCGCGUCUUUACCAUUCCCGACGGCCAGAAACUUUACCAGUUCCGACGAGGCUCCAUACCUGCUAGGAUAUUCAGCAUGUCUUUUAACUCUGUUUCAUCGUUAUUGGGUGUCUCGUCUGCAACCAUGACUGUACAUGUGUUUAAAUUAGGUGCACCUAACGCUGGGCGCAGUAAUAGCGUAUCAUCGAUAUCUGGCGGACCGCCCUCGACUCGAGGUCGCAGUAGCAGCCGCGCAAGUGAAGAAGUCCCGGACGAGUACGAAGACAGUAUGACGGAAAGCUCGAUGCCAGAGCGCAGACAGAUGAAUCCCACAUUCGCCAGUAUGAUCCGUCGAACGUCUCAGAACGUCGGAAAAUCAUUCGCGGCAACUGUCGGAGGCUAUCUUCCCAAUGCUGUAUCGGAAAUCUGGGAACCCGCGAGGGAUUUUGCUUGGGUUAAAAUCCCUCGACUACCGAACAGUGCGUCGUCAGGCCCGGUGAAGACGGUUGUGGCCUUGAGCAACAAUGGACCUCAAGUAAUGAUUGUCACUAGUGAGGGCAAUUAUUAUGUGUUCAACAUCGACCUCGAGAAAGGCGGAGAGGGCACAUUGUUCAAGCAAUACUCGCUGCUAGAGCCAAAUGAACUGGCGACCAACACAUCUCAAGAUCUACUGGAGUAACUAGUGCCAUUUUCUUGUUUCAUAACUCGGGACUUUCACUUUGGUGUAUAGCCCAGCUCCUCUUUCCAUGCAUUGCAUCACGGCGUUAAUGGACUUGUUGAGUUGCUACGUUCCUAUCACGACGAUGAACGGCGGAAUUUCGUCCAUUUCAGACUACUUUGCUUUGGUAUAUCCCUACAUAGUUCAUUUAUUCAGCAUUCGUCGCUCUCAGAUCCAACAAAGAAUCGUAAUUGACUCUGCGCUUUUUUUUAUUGAUGCUCUGCUUAGUUCUGUAGCAAUCGAUAGACGUUCGUCAAAUUUAU